ACGCCCAAACCCCGCUGCUGAAUGACGCCCGUCUGUUGCUUCUCCUGUGUGUCGUGCAUCCUGCGAUUGGCGGACGGCAGAAAAAGGUAGCCAGCUCCGAUGCGCCGUGGGCGGGUGGAACGCCUGUUUAUAAACCCAACUCUUUCUCCGUGGGCGGGAACAUCAACUGUAGGCUGCCAACGCGAGGCGCUUGUGAGACCGAGAGAGACGUGGAAGAGACGAGGCUGUGGCGGCGGCUGUGGUUGAUCGGGGUUCGCGGAGGGGGCGAGGCGGCCGCCCCUGUAUGCGUCUUCAACCGCGCAUGGACGACCACCUCAGCCUCCUGCAAUCACCCCCGCCAAGCGUGACCAAAACCCGAGGCGACAACCUGGUGAACCACGGAUACACCGAGACCGAGGCGGACGUGAUGACGGUCGUGGCGUGUGACAACAUGCUGGAGGAGUCGGCGGCACUGCCGGGCCACCACUCUCUGGACCGAUAUGAACCGGAUCAUGAAUGCUGCGAGCGGGUGGUCAUCAACAUCUCAGGCUUGCGCUUCGAGACGCAGCUGAAGACUCUGUCCCAGUUUCCAGAGACGCUACUUGGGGACCCAAAGAAGAGGAUGAGGUACUUUGAUCCUCUCAGAAACGAAUACUUCUUCGAUCGGAAUCGACCCAGCUUUGAUGCCAUUUUGUAUUAUUACCAGUCUGGAGGGCGCAUCAGGAGACCCGUUAAUGUGCCAAUUGACAUCUUCUCUGAGGAGAUCCGCUUCUAUGAGCUGGGUGAGGAGGCUAUGGAGAAGUUCAGAGAGGACGAGGGCUUUAUAAAGGAGGAGGAGCGGCCGCUGCCAGAAAAUGAAUUUCAGAGACAGGUGUGGUUGCUCUUUGAAUACCCAGAGAGCUCGGGUCCCGCCCGGGGAAUAGCAAUAGUGUCUGUCUUGGUCAUUCUCAUCUCCAUUGUCAUUUUCUGCUUGGAGACAUUACCAGAGUUCAGGGACGACAACAGGGAUCCGAUCACAAUUGCGCAUGUGAUAAAUGGCACGCUCCCUUUUUUCAUCAGCCCCUUUUCUGACCCUUUUUUUGUCGUGGAGACUUUGUGCAUCAUCUGGUUUUCCUUCGAGCUACUGGUGCGCUUUUUUGCAUGCCCCAGCAAAGCGACGUUCUCCAAAAACAUCAUGAACAUCAUUGACAUUGUGGCGAUCAUCCCCUAUUUCAUCACCCUGGGCACAGAGCUGGCGGAGCGGCAAGGGAACGGACAGCAGGCCAUGUCGUUGGCCAUUCUGCGCGUAAUCAGGCUCGUUCGGGUGUUUCGCAUCUUCAAACUCUCGCGUCACUCCAAGGGGCUGCAGAUUUUAGGACAGACUCUGAAGGCCAGCAUGCGUGAACUGGGCCUGCUCAUCUUCUUUUUGUUCAUCGGGGUCAUCCUCUUCUCCAGCGCUGUUUACUUUGCUGAGGCAGAUGACCCCGAUUCGGGUUUCAACAGCAUCCCGGACGCUUUCUGGUGGGCUGUCGUUACCAUGACUACAGUGGGUUACGGAGACAUGCAUCCCGUCACUAUAGGGGGUAAAAUUGUGGGAUCUUUGUGCGCAAUCGCAGGUGUCCUGACCAUUGCCCUGCCUGUUCCCGUCAUCGUCUCCAAUUUCAACUACUUCUACCACCGGGAGACGGACGGAGAGGAGCAGGCGCAGUACCUGCACGUGGGUAGCUGUCAACCUCUGGUGGACACAGAGGAGCUGAGGAAGACCCGCUCCUCCUCCUCCUCGCUCAGCAAGAGCGAGUACAUGGUGAUCGAGGAGCACGGGAUGAACAGCGCGUUCAAACAGCAGCCCAACUUCCCCAACACCGCUCAGAACAACUCUCAGAACUGUGUGAACAUAAACAAAAAGAUUUUCACUGACGUGUAGCUGCAGCUGCGGAGCCAUGACCCCUGCUGAGCACGGGGAGGAGUGACGUGUCAACGCGCGCAGCUUGUUGUGUCGUUGCGCAGCAGCGUUUAGAAGCAGAUGUGUGUGUGAGGAUGAAAACAAAGAAACGAAUGGACGCGCGCGCGUCCUGUCCGCUCCAAGACGCUGCUUUCAAGAAUUCGGAUCUUUUGGGAUUGUUUUUGAUUCCAGUAACACAAAUUCACACAGUCUCCUCCUUAACGUGUUCGGUGUUCUGCUCUUCUCUGAGUGAGGAAACAAAUAAACCUGCUGUGCGUAAUUGUGCAAUAGUCGGUAUACAAAACAUGCAUCACAACAGGUAUGGAUAGAAGCUUUAUGACGGUGAAAAAUAAACGAGAAUAUAAAUGCUCCCGGAAGGACAGUCACACUGUAUCAUCAUGCGUUAUGAGUCGUAACCCGUGUGUAUAACAACCAGUCAUUUAAAUAUGUGUAGGUGUGUGUUCAGGCACGUGGUGAUGUCAGAUAGACACAUUUCAGGUAUAGUAUCUCAUAUAAAGCGUUCCAUGGUGUGCCUUUUGUCGUGCGUUAACGUCUAGCCCAAAAUUAAAACGUCUCCACGUAAACAUUAGAACCAGCUGACUACCAGCGCGAGAAGGGUGGAGAAACACGGCGCUCUCCCGCGAACACAGUUAUCAAAGAUGGAGCGCGUUUCUGUCUGGAAGCAUCAAAUAUAUCCCCACUGUGAUGCAGUCUCCAUGGUUACCCCCAGUUACCGUUGCCAUGGCAUCCUUGUUUCCACAGUACCCCCCCCCCCCCACCCCCCGCUAGAUGGGGUGGAAGCUGUAUUAAAGAUUUUCGUCUGAGUGGUUUGUCUCUGGUCUCCAAUUAAACUGUUUUGUUUUGUUAUUACCACGUUUCGGGCCUUAAAUACGAGGCCAAGCAGGCAAAUGGCCCCCGCAGCCAAUCAGCAAACUCUCCAUGUGGCUUCAAUGAGAAGAAAUACUGAGGAGGUGUGAUAAAAUGAACUGGCCAACUAAAACAAACUGUUGCAAGUAAAUGAGGGAGCUGGGAGAAGCACAGCGUGUGAGGAAUUAUGAAUGGACUGGAACACGCAGCAGCCUGAGUGUAAAGCAGUGACUAACCAGGAGAUGCCACUGUUGUCCCACUAACAACACUGGUGAAAGUUCCCUCAGGCUCUUGGGCCUGAGAUUGUAGAGUUCAGUCCGCUUUCUAAUUAGGGCAACAGCAAGACUCUGGUCUGCUCCUGUUUGGUCGGAUGGGCCAAAUUUACAAAUCAAGACUGAAAUCACUCUGGAUCAGUUCUUCUUAUUCCUCUGUCCUCUUGCUUUCAACUGGUGCCCUCAAACUGGACUGGUGACCAGCAGUUGUCCAACUGCAGUGGACCAACCAAAAAUGCAAUCCCCACAGGUACAAGAGAAACCAGUUCACUUAUGUAGCUGCAAUCGUGUGAUGUAUGUGAAGGAGUUGACCCGCUGUAAAUGGAAAUGUCAAGGGAUCAAAAGUGAUUCAGACAUUCAAAUAAAUAAAUAAAUAAAUAAAUAAAAGUCAGCAGGAUAUGUUUUAUUAGCAUUCUCCCAUGCUGCUUUUGAUGCAAAAUUUAAAGAUUCAGAAAACAGCCAGCACUUUUGCAAGGCACAUUUCACUUUACAGGAGUAUUUCCAGUUUAUUUAUUUAUUUUUUGUAUUUUUACAUAUUUUAUUUGUUUCUCAGAGGUAAAACACAUCAUGAAUAUGUAAUAAAAUGUAAUAAAAUGACAAAAAUAGAGGCCAUCUGUGAUUUCCUGAUAUGAAACUGUGAUACUAAUCAAAGACUGUUAGCCAUAUGCCUUUGUUAGCUCUUUGUGGUUCGUGUUGCUAAUAUGUAAAAAAAACACAUUUAUGAAUGUGUGAUGGUUGCUGCUAUUCACUUGAUGUAUCCAUGAAGAAUAAUACAGAGGCGUUUACACACAUGGGUACACAUGCCUAUGGAUGUGUCCCCUCUAUCCCAAAGUGCACUAUUGAUUGUUUGUUUUUGGUGGGUAGGGCAGAAUGCUGAUGGGGAAGGCUGUGUGUGACAGGAUUUAUUCCAUGUUAUUGUGCGCUGUCUUCAACAUGACCCAUAUAAAGAGA